AAAAAAAAAUAGGGCAUAACCCUUUCUUAUCUUGUUGAUCUUUGUUCCAGCAUAUACACAAAUCCUGUUCAAAUUCCUGUCUUCAAUUAGGGUUUGGACAUACUAGUGUUGUCGAACAUACAUAAAGUUCAGGUUUUAAUUUGUUCAUAAAAUGAUGGCGUCGGCUUCAGAGUUAAGUCUUGAAUGCAAACCCCACAGCUACUCCAUGCUCUUGAAAACGAUCGGAGAACAACAACUAAAUAACGGACAUGAUCAAACACUUAAACUCGAAGAGUUCCUUUCUCGUCUUGAAGAAGAACGACUCAAGAUUGAUGCUUUUAAGCGCGAACUUCCACUUUGCAUGCAACUCCUCACCAAUGCCAUGGAGACAUCAAGGCAACAAUUACAAACUUUCCGUGCGAAUCAAGGUUCACCAAUACUGGAAGAAUUCAUACCUAUAAAGAAUUCAAACACUGAAGGACCCGAAAAGCUGUCACUUUCAAGCAUUGAUAACAAGGCGAAUUGGAUGACUUCUGCGCAGCUUUGGAGCCAAGCUAGCAGCACCACCACCACCAUGGAUAACAAUAAUCACUUGAAAACCACACAAAAUUCGACAGUAUUGACAACACAAAACAAAACUGAUACUGAUUUCAAUACUAAACAAAGAAACGGAGGAGCAUUUCUCCCAUUCUCGAAGGAGGGAAACUCAUCAUGCCCAACUCCGGGGAUAGUGUUGCCGGAAUUGGCACUUUCUUCCGCUGAUAAAGAUACUGAUCAUGAGGAGAAUAAGAGCUGUUUGAGGGAGAAUACUUCUAUCAAAGGUGGUAAUGGUGAAAUUUCUGAUAACCAAACCACCACCACGGCCACAGGAGGCACCACUAGUUCUCAGACUCAUAGGAAGACAAGGAGGUGCUGGUCACCGGACCUCCACCGGAGAUUUGUCAAUGCUCUUCAGAUGUUAGGUGGUUCUCAAGUAGCCACACCUAAACAAAUCAGAGAGCUCAUGAAAGUUGACGGUUUGACCAAUGAUGAAGUCAAAAGCCAUUUACAGAAGUAUAGGCUUCAUACAAGAAGACCAAGUCCAAGCCCACAAUCGGCCGGCAACGCAGGGCCGCAGCUGGUGGUUCUUGGUGGCAUAUGGGUGCCACCGGAGUAUGCAACUGCUGCCGGAGCACAAACUCUAUACACCACACACCCGAAUGCCACCCAUAGCAACCCACAUUACUGUACACCCCAAGAAUAUUACCCUACUUCCGUCCUACCGCCACCACAACCACUGCACCACCACCACCACCAUCACCACAACAACAACAGCAGCAACAUUCACCACCAGCUCCACCACCAUACUCACAUGUACAAACCCUCCUCCCAAACCACCCAGAGCUUGCCGGAGUCUAAUGGCAGAGGCGGCACCACUACCACCGGUGGCAACCGCUCCGAGAGCAUCGAGGACGGGAAGUCGGAGAGCGGUGGCAGCUGGAAGGCGGAGAGCGGAGGUGAAACGAAGGCGCUUGUUUUAAGGGAAGAAUGUGAAGAAAGCAAUGGGAGUGAGAUUACACUUAAAUUCUAGUGUUAGUUAAUUAAUUAAUUAACUAAUUAGUAUUAGUUUUAUUAAUUAAAUUUCUGAUGUUAUAAAUUAAUUACUAAAGUUUUAGAUAUAUAGUGAGGGGUAAAAAGGGCAUAAUGGGAAAGUGACAGUUUGUUUUUUUUUUUUUAUCUCUAAUCAC